AGGGCGCGCGCAUGCUCGGCCGGCCGGCUGCUGGGGGUCUCGGGCCGCUGUAAUCUGUUGCGCCGCCGCCCGCGGAAGCCGGCAGAUCCGGGUCUUGUGGCUAAGAGUGACGUGGUCAGUCGAAUCAAAACAGAGGAGGGGAGGAAGCAGCGGGCAAGAGCGGCGGCGGCAGCGACGACCGGAGCAGCUGCAGCGUUCCGGAAGCUUCAGGCGGUCUUUCUGCCGAGGCUUGGUCACGGCCCCCAUCUUCCCCGCCCUAUCGGUUGUUGUCUGGGCGGAUUUAAACAGUCAAGAUAAAUCAAGCUGGGUAAUCAUGGCAGAAGGUGGAUUCGAUCCCUGUGAAUGUGUUUGCUCUCAUGAACAUGCGAUGAGAAGGCUGAUCAAUCUGUUGAGGCAGUCCCAGUCCUACUGCACAGAUACAGAAUGUCUUCAGGAAUUACCAGGACCCCCUAGUGAUAAUGGCAUCAGUAUUACCAUGAUCUUGAUGGCCUGGAUGGUUAUUGCAGUGAUCUUGUUUCUACUGAGACCUCCUAAUCUAAGAGGAUCCAACCUAACUGGAAAACCAACCAGUCCUCAUAAUGGACAGGAUCCCCCAGCCCCUCCCGUGGACUAACUUUGUGGAUAUGGGAAGUAAAAAUAGUUAACACCUUGCACGACCAAAUGAACGAAGAUGACCAGAGUACUCUUAACCCCAUUAGAACUGUUUUUUCUUUUGCAUCUGCCAUAUGGGAUGGUAUUGUUUUCAUGAGCUUCUAGAAAUUUCACUUGCAAGCUUAUUUUUGCUUCCUGUGUUAUCACCUUUCCUGUAUUUGAGUAAAUGAUACAUUAAAAAGUUACAUGGGGCUUUUUUGGUUAUCCUAAACUUAAACAUUCCAUUCAUUCUGUUUGUAACUGUGAUCAUAAUUUUUGUGAUAAUUUCUGGCCUGAUUGAAGGAAAUUUGAGAUCUCUACAUUUAAAUAUUUUAAAUAGUUUUGAUGGGUUUAAAGAUUUUUUUUAAUAAGGUAUUUAUAAAGUUAUUUGGGGUUAUCUGAGAUUGUAUGAAAGAAAAUUAGAACCACAUUGUAUUUACACUUAACCUUGGUAGUUUAUUUGUGGAUGGCAGUUUUCUCUAGUUCUUGGGACUGUGACAGCCUUUGGAAUAUUUUACAAGUUACAGCUGAAAUCUAUAUCAUCCACUACAACUGGCUUACGUGGCAAAGAAAAGGAGGAAAGAAGAAAUGAAGUAAUUGUUUACUAAGUUUUUAUUCCCAUAAAAAUGUCUAAUAUAAGAAAACUUAAACAUGAUUUACAUAUGGUGGAUGAUUUACAGUCCAUUAUAUGAAAUUUGUAAGCCACUGUAUACUAGCCUUACACAGUUCAUGAAAGGAGGAAAAAAUUUAAUUCUUUCUGCAUUUGCCAGGUGUAAUCUAUACAGUAAUAAUUUAAGCUAUAAUUUAUUUUUGAAGUGGGUGCCUCUCAGGAAGCUACUUUUCUGUUGUAAAACUUCCCUGUUAAAUGAAACUAUCUUAAAGCUGUAUUGGGGGCCUGUUUGGUUACUGAUAUUUGAAUGCUGUUUACUUAUUUACUCUAUUGUUUUCUUUGAAGAAAAAAUUUUGAAUCUUGCUAUCUUUCUGACUUUAAACAAUAUUUAAUGAAUUCUUGGUUUACUCCAAGGGAAAAGGAGGAAAAUGAGAAACAAUCAAGGAUCUUUUUUUUUCUCAACCUCUGUCUCAUUCUUGUUUGGUAAUAGGAUGGAUUGGGGUGGGGAGGAGCAUUAAUAUAAGUAAAAAUUUGAAAUGUGUAAAAAUGUAAAAGGUUGCAUUGUUUUUUUUUUCAGUUUGAUAGAAAAUGAAUACAAAGGGCAUAAAAAAAUUCUGCAUGACCUGUGUGGUUAUGGAAUUUUUUCCUAGCAAGUGAUUGCAGAUGAUUUAUGGGGGCUAGAAGAUAUUUUGCUAUCAAUGUAAGGAUUUUCCCCCACUAGGUCAGUUUAGCUUUUCACUGUAUAGAUCUGAGAAAUUACUUGUAUGAAUUGAAUAAACUUCUCUAUAUCAUUGUACUGUUUAAUAGAGUCUCUGAUACAAUUAUGUGAUGCUCAUAGGGUAUUUUUUCCCCUUUAUUAUGAUUAUAUUCUAGGCUAUAAACACUGUAAGGGCUUCAUUUCAUUAUAUAAUCCAUUACUGACUGCUUGCAUUCCUCCUGUGCAUCUUGGCUUUGUCCUCAACUUCUUGAAAUGAUAUAACCUACUCUUAAUUACUUGUGUUAAUUGAGGGGUAUUGUAACACAGGUAAGUCAAAUCCUGGAUAAAUGAACACCAUAGACUUAAGGUUUUUUCUCUCAAUAUGGCCUAUUGGAAGCCUUCCCAGCUCUACAGCUCUUAAAGCAUUUAAAGCAGAGAGGCAGGAAUGGCUUAAGAUGGAGCUAAAUCCCUAUAAGCAUUCCUUUUUCUGUCCUUGCCCCUGAACUUUGAAGGCUAGCACAUAUCUCCUAACAAUCUGCUCUCUAAGCUGCUAGAAGGCUAGUCUCUGGAUGAGAUACUGAUGUGUUCACUGAAUCUGUGGCUCACAAAUAAUUAAGAAUUGACUUUGGUUGAAGAAGUGGCUAUGACAUGGAAACAGAAUGUCUAGUGUUAGCUAGAGACCUGGAAAUCUGGGUUCUUGUUCCUAGUUCUUCAUUUCUGUCACAUAUACUUAAUUGACAUUACAUUAGAAUAUUAACCUUUUCCUAUAUGGACCAUCUAUUUAAUUAGUAACGAAAGUUUUUAGUGAAGUAUUUAGUCUUGGUUUUUUUGCUUGUAAAAUUUCUCUGCACUCCUGACAAAGACAGUGUGCAAUAGCACAUAAAGUAUUUCUAUUAACCUAACUAGUAAUUCAUAUUAUUCUCUUUAAUUCCUAAAGCUUCUACAUGUGGCCUUUUUAUUGAGCACUCUUAUUCAUUACUUGGCUUGUAAACAUUCACCUGCACUGUGGCUACAGUCAUUUUUAAAUAAUCUGGAAAAAAGAAAGAUAAAGCUUCACAUUUUAAUCACUUUUGGCUCUUAAACAUGCCACAAAUGCCAUUAAGAGUUUAUUUUGUUUUAGGUUAUUUAAUGUUCUUUUAUGCAAAAUAAUGUUUUUUUGCUUUCCAUUCCACGUGGAAAAAGUUAACAUUGGAACUGUGUAUAGUAAAAGAUUUUAUCAUGUAUUUAUCCAAACACUAUCCCAUGGUCAGCAAGUCAUAUUUUAAACUACUUGGAGAAAGUUUCAGAAGUAACUAUUAAAUACAGCUCUUCCAUGGUUACUUUUAGUGUCUUUGUGGUAUGCGAUAUUACAGUGUUUAUAGAAUUAUCUAUAUCUUACAUCUUCAAAGGAACCUCAGAACUCUCUCACCCUGAAUCAAAGUCUGUCACUCUAAAUGAAUACGUGCUAAAAUUUGACCAGCUCAGCUUAAGACACAGAACAGCAACUUGAAGGAGAAAUGGAGAGAGUUUAAGUUAAUGGGUUAAAUUUUUGUUGUUGCAAUAGUAGGUUUAGUCUUAACAUUAUAAUAUUUCUAAAUGAAAAGUCAUAUGUAUUUGUUACCAUGUCUGAUGAUUACUUUGUUAAAAGCAAAGGUGGUCAUGUGAUGUACCAAAUGUUAAUUGCUGUUUUUAAAUGUUUAAAUCAUGCCAAACAAAUCAUGUCUGUGCCAUCCAGGGUUUAUUGUAAUCUUUUACUGAGUACUUGGAUUGGGAUAAAGGGCUUGUACUAUGCACUUUUUAUUAAUGAAUAAAUAGAAAACAUUAGUAACA